CGGAGAGGAUCUAUCGGGCAAAAAUCCAAUCAGAUUGUUAUUCCCAAAACCCUCAGUGAAACCAUAAGCACAUACAAAGCUAACGAAAUCCCAAACCCUAUCAGCACUGAUCGAGUUCGGUCCGACUUACUCCGUUUCUCCUCGCUCACCGAGUCGAAGCAAGUUAAAGCAGCAUUCAUGGUUGGAUUUUUUUUUUUCCUCGGCGUUUUAAGCUGACAAUCGUUGGCUAGAAAAGUCCAAUAGUGUAUUGUGAAUCACUGAUGGCGCGAAAUAUAUCCAAUAAUUCAGAAUCUCCAGUCAGGGGUCAGGGUUCUCUUCAUAGAAGGAGUCCUCAAAGAGAGAGAUCACCCACUCGACAAAAGAGCUCCCACAGGAUUAGUUCUCCGGCAAGAGAUAAACAUUCUGGUCGUGCUAAAUCUCCAAAGCAUGCGAGGUCAAGUUCUCCCACUGCUCGCUCACCUUCUCCUCGUACAAAACGGUUGAGGAGAGCUCAAGAUGAAAGGGAAACUGAGAAAGCUCACUCGCCUUCUCCCCGGAAAAAGCCGUUGAGGAGAGCUCAGGCUGAAAGAGAGGUUGAGAGAGAAAUUGAGAGAGAGCUUGAAAAGAAUAAUGGCAGGGGAAGUGAUAGGGGGAGACAUAGGGAAAGGAGUUCUGGGAGGGAAACUGUGAGUGAGCAGAAAGAGGGAAGGCCAGGGAGGCAUGAUAAUGUGAUUGAGAGAGAAACUGAGAGGGGGCAUGAAAAGAACCAUGGAAAGGGGAGUGAUAGGGGGGCAAAUAGGGGAAGGGGUUCUGAGAGAGAAACUGGAAGUGAGAGAAAAGAAAAAAGGUCAGGUAGGGAUGAUAAUGAGACUAGGAGAGAAAUUUAUACAGAGCAUGAAAAGAACCAUGGCCGGGGUAGUGAUAUUGAGACACAUAGAGAAAGGGGUUCUGAUAGGGAAAUUGGGGAAGAGAGAAAGGGCAGAAGGUCAGGUAGAGAUGGUAAUGAAAGCAAGUCUUCAAGAUCAAGGCACGAGCGGUCUAAUUCUCCUCUAGAUCGUCAUCACAGGAGCAAGCAUAGAUCUCGUUCGCCUCCACCAGCUGCUGAUACCAGAGCUCGUGACGAGGUGGCAAACUUAAGAGGCUCUGAAGACCGGAAUAAUGAGAAUGAUUCAGUAGCUAAGAUGAAGGCUGCUGAGGAGGCUCUGGAAGCAAAGGAAACGCAAAAACCUUCAUUUGAACUAUCUGGAAAGCUUGCUGCAGAAACCAAUAGAGUCAGAGGUGUGACACUCCUCUUCACUGAACCCCCUGAUGCUCGAAAGCCGAAUGUAAGAUGGCGACUUUAUGUCUUCAAGGCUGGUGAAGUGCUAAAUGAGCCCCUUUAUAUACACCGUCAAAGUUGUUAUCUUUUUGGGAGGGAACGUAGGGUUGCAGACAUUCCGACAGACCACCCAUCUUGCAGCAAGCAGCAUGCUGUCAUUCAAUUCCGACAAGUAGAAAAGGAAGAACCUGAUGGUACAUUGUCAAAGCAAGUAAGGCCUUACUUAAUGGACCUCGGAAGCACAAAUAAAACUCAUAUUAAUGAUAAUGCCAUUGAACCUCAACGUUAUUAUGAACUUUUUGAAAGAGACACCAUCAGAUUUGGUAAUAGUAGCCGAGAGUAUGUACUACUGCACGAGAACUCAGCCGAGUGACUACGAGAAUUUGGCUACUCGAUGUGCCUCCUUCCGGCAUGUGGAACAUGUUUUGAUUUGAUAUGUGUAGGUACUAUUUACUGAAUGCUUGUGCUUCUUUUUCUAUAGAUGCAGUUCAGUUUUGAUUGUCUUAGUGCCGAGGUUGCUGAAAUAACCGGUGAAUGUCUUGACUCGUGUACUUCUACAUAUUAAUGAGGACCUCAUUGUUGCUUUGA